CCGUCACCGCUCCGGUCAGCAAUGGCGAAUGACCACAAAAUAUCGAGCGUCGUUUUUGCUCCCGUCUUGUGCAUUUAUAGCUCUUCUUGGCGCCCAUGAGUAGGAUCGAAUCUCGAGCUUCCUAGCACGCCCUCAAGAAUUUGCUCCGUUUUCUCAGAGCUUCGUUUAGUGCACCGCCCCAAGAGACAAGACAGGUUGUUGAUGUCAGAGACUGGCCCUCAAGCCACCCCGGGGCCCCCUGUCCGGAACCACCGCUGCGUAGCCAAGCAUUACUGUCCGGUCAUUUUCUGUCCGCUUUCCUCACUGGAAUAACUCAUGGAUGCCUCAGCCUCACACAACUGUCCAAGGGACACACCCCUAUUUAGUGUCAUGAGUCGCAAGGUGUCAGUCACGGCGUUCGAUGGCUCGUUCGCGCCCCUGGGUCGUCCGACAGAGCGCAGUCCUCUCCCUUGGUAUAGCAACCGCCAGUACUUUCUGGCAUCCUGGCUGGAUGUUUCUAUAUGGAAAGCUGCAAUACUUGAGCUAGUCGGAACAACUUGCCAAGUCUUUAUAUCAGGGCAGUUUGCCGCAACUAUAAUCGGCUAUGGCACGCCACAGAUAGGGGGCUAUAUCGGCAUCUUUAAUAUCUUUCUGGUAUCCACCUUCAUCUACGCGACCGCUGCCGGGUCUGGCGGACACCUCAACCAGGCCAUUACGCUCUCGGCUAUACUCUCGGGCAUCUGUCCUCUUGCAAGAGGAACUCUAUACAUGGUUGCUCAGACCAUCGGCUCUGGAAUCGCUGGAGGGCUUCUGCGAGGAGUAUGGGGCUAUGAACGCUCCGUCAAGAACUUUGGAGGGGGCUGCUUUCUUGACCCAGCCCACGUCACCUACGGCCAGGCAUUUCUCAACGAGUUCUUCAGCUCCUUCGUUCUUCUCUUUCUUGCCUAUGGCGUCGGUUUGGAUCCGCGGCAGGCCGCCCUGUUCGGGCCUCGGUUGGGCCCUCUGCUGGUUGGUGUCUCGCUCGGUAUUGUCACAUUUGCUACCAGCGGGAUGGCCCCUGGAUACGCGGGUGCGCAGAUCAACCCGGCGAGAUGUUUGGCGUAUGGAAUCGCGAGAGGCGACUUGUCUGACCAAUGGGUUUGGUGGUUUGGACCGGCCGCCGCCGCCGUUCUCAUCGCGAUUCUCUACAACCUGAUCCCACCGCACCACGCAGACUCACAGGAAAACACCAAGACGGUGCCGGCGCCGCUUCCCAAAUAGUUUUCACGAGCGGGGAACGACGGAAGUAAUAACUUGUCUGCGGUACAGACGCGGGAAAUAAAACGCAGAACGCAGACAGGCAAGGCAAGAUGACGACAGUGGCGGCAAAGUGGAGAGUUGGUAGCAAUUUUAGGCGCAUGGCCGAGUAGCGCAGGCUGUUGUGGCAGCUCGUUGCGUCGUUGCUGACGCGGGGGGGAGGGAGUGCCACUCACGUGCUGUGGCUUGCAUGUGAAGCAUGGUGCGAUGGGCAACGCUGGGAGGCUUAAAUUCGCUGUCCGCGGACACCUAUGGCGGGCAGUGGUUGGUGGUGGUGGUUGGUGGGAUGGAGGGGAGCUAGGGAGGGUGACGUUCCAAGAUUUCCAGUCUGCUCACCGGACGAAAGUGUCCGGUUCGAGGUCGAUGGUGGCUGCUGUGCGGCUGUGUAACCCUCUAUUCCUAGGUCGAUGAGCAAUCUGAAUUGCGUAGGCCCUCCAUCCCGUGCUUUCUUAUCACUGCGAGCACGGCGUUGCAGCUUGCACUCACCACCCCCUCACCAAUG